AUGGAGGAUUCACCCCCAUCUUAUGCCGUGCUCGAGGCCGCCGGCUGGCCGAAGGAUGACUGGCCUCAAGAUGCAGCAGCUGUCAAUGGUGACGGCCGCGUUGAAGUUGACCUUGACUCUAAAAUUUGCAGAACGGUCGCCAAACUGAUUCCUUUCUCGCACAAUGAAGAAAUCACAUCAAUUACAGAGCAGCCAGUACUGGCUAAGACGAGCUGUGAUGUUCAAUUGAAUAUUGUAAUUCAGGUGGUCGGCAGUCGCGGCGAUGUCCAGCCAUUUAUCGCACUCGGAAACGAACUCCAGCUAUACGGCCAUCGCGUAAGGCUGGCGACUCAUCCCGUGUUUGAAUCCUUUGUUCUUGAAUCGGGUUUAGAGUUUUACUCCAUCGGCGGUGAUCCGUCUGAGCUCAUGGCCUAUAUGGUCAAAAAUCCAGGCUUGAUACCUCAGAUGAAAAGUUUGAGAGGUGGAGAAAUCCAACGCAAGCGGGCUAUGGUGGCUGAGAUGCUACGGGGCUGUUGGGAUUCAUGCAUCAAUGACGAUCCGGUCAGCGGGGCGCCUUUCGUUGCUGAUGCCAUCAUCGCCAAUCCACCUAGCUUUGCCCACGUUCACUGUGCACAGGCUCUGUCCAUCCCUGUACAUCUUAUGUUCACCAUGCCAUGGAGUAGUACAAGAGCUUUUCCACAUCCGCUGGCAAAUCUCAAGUAUUCUACUACCGAGCCAAAAAUUGCCAACUAUAUUUCCUACGGUAUUGUGGAUUGGAUGGCGUGGCAAGGUCUUGGGGACAUAAUUAACGAGUGGAGAUCCUCACUUGAUUUAGAGCCCAUUCCAGCUACCGAGGCGCCAUGUCUAGCCGAAACCCUGAAACUACCUUUCACCUACUGUUGGUCACCGAGUCUGGUGCCAAAACCAUCAGAUUGGCCAUCAAAUAUAGAUGUCUGUGGCUUUUUCUUUCGCUCCCUUCCAGAUUACAAGCCACCUCUUAACCUCGAUUUGUUUCUUCAAAAUGGCAGCCCCCCAGUAUACAUCGGAUUUGGCAGCAUCGUCAUUGAAGACCCAGUUUCUAUGACGAAUAUCAUUCUUGGAGCAGUCAGGUCACUUGGUAUUCGUGCAAUCAUAUCUCGCGGUUGGAGUAAGAUUGGGGAAGCUGCAUCUGAUAACCAGGUCUUCUAUCUUGAUGACUGUCCACACGAAUGGUUAUUCCAACAUGUCGCAGCCGUUGUUCAUCACGGAGGUGCAGGAACUACGGCAUGUGGUCUGCGUUUUGGCAAAUCUACGACUAUAAUCCCUUUCUUUGGAGAUCAGCUCUUCUGGGGCAACAUGGUUGCAUCCUGUGGGCUCGGGCCAAAGCCUAUUCCUUAUCGAGCUCUAACUUCUGAGAAUCUGGCAGACGCCAUUCGCUUCUGUCUGCAUCCCAGAGCGCAGUCUGCAGCGCGUGAUGUUGCAAAGGGAAUGAGUCAUGAGAAUGGAGUUUCCGCUGCAGUUGCAUCUUUUCAUAAGCACCUACCAGUGAAUGACAUGAGAUGCCAUGUUCUCCAUUCGGAGCCAGCUGCGUGGUGUUUCAAAAAAUCCUCCAAGCCUCCCAUUCAUUUAUCUAAAGUUGCUGCGGAAGUUCUUGUCGACCAUCACCGUCUUAAAUGGAAUGAUCUUCAACCGUACCAUGUGAGCAAAAUUCAUAUUCAAAAUCGACGAUGGGACCCAGUGACAGGCACCGCCUCAUCCUUGAUUGGUACAAGUACCAACGUGUUGAAAGCGACUGGCGAUAUUGUGUACAAGCCAUACCAAGAGUUCCGUCGUGUCCCUAGGAGCGACUCAGAGCCCGCUCUUCCGGAAUCAUCCGGCUCUCGAUCCCCAAGUAUUGCUACUACAUCAGACACUGCUUCCUUGGAUAGUUCUAGUACAAAGAGACCUUCAAAGCUGAGAGCCACAGGCGCCGCUAUGGAAGGCUCGGCAAAGAGCCUGGGAAAGGUCGUCGGUUAUUGGUACAAGGGCGUGCUCGUAGACAUGCCUUUAGCGGCUAGCGAAGGCCUUCGUGCCGUACCUCGUCUAUAUGGCGAUGAGGUCAAAGAUCAUGGGAAGAUUCUAGAUUGGAAAUCCGGUGCCACCUUCGCCGGUAAAAACUUUGUCCAUGGGAUGGCAGACGGUCUCAGCGACAUCUUCACGCAGCCCUACAAAGGCGGCCAGGAAGAGGGAGCCAAGGGUGUGAUGAAGGGACUUGCAAAAGGAACAUUGGGCGCAACUACCAAAGUUUCAUCAGCCGCAUUGGGGUUGGUGGCUUAUCCUGCUCAUGGGAUGAUGAAAAGUCUGUAUACGGCAACACACUGCAAAACAAGGAAACGAAUUCUUCAAGCGCGAACUGAAGAAGGGAAGUACCUUGCAGAACACUCACCUAAAGGGCAAAGAGAUCGGCAGUCCAUUAUUCGUAACUUUGAGACUGCCAUUCGCAAACCCCUUGACUUUGAUAUUUCAUCAUCAAGUUGA